GAGCUGUGGCGGGGCGGGGUGGCGCCCGGCGGCGGGGCCGGGGCUUGCGGGAGGGCGAGUGCGGCGGGGCCCGAGCCCCGCGCGGGUUGGCGGCGGCGGCGGCAGCGGCGGCAUGGCGGCCGAGGGGAAGGUGACGAGCCAGAGCCAGGAGCAGUUCCUGCUGUUGGCCAAGGCGGCCCGCGGCGCCGCCCUCGCCAGCCUCAUCCACCAGGUGCUGGAGGCCCCGGGUAUCUACGUCUUCGGGGAGCUGCUGGACAUGCCCGCCGUCCGGGAGCUGGCAGACAGCGAGUUCUCCCCCGUCUUUCGCCUCCUGACCAUCUUCGCCUACGGAACCUACGCGGACUAUCUGGCUGAAGCAGCGAACCUCCCGCCCUUGACAGAAGCUCAGAAGAACAAGCUGAGGCACCUGUCAGUCGUCACUCUGGCUGCCAAGAUCAAGUGCAUCCCCUACUCAGUGCUGCUGGAGCAGUUGCAGCUGAAGAAUGUCCGGCAACUGGAGGACCUCGUGAUUGAGGCUGUGUAUGCAGAUGUGCUGCGAGGGAGCUUGGAUCAGCGGAACCAGCGCCUGGAGGUGGACUACAGCAUUGGGAGGGACAUCCGGAGAGAGGAGCUUGGCACCAUCACCCGCACACUGCAGGAGUGGUGCCAGGGCUGUGAGGUUGUCUUGUCGGGCAUCGAAGAACAGGUUAGCAGGGCCAACCAACAUAAGGAACAACAGCUGGCACUUAAGCAGCAGAUAGAGAGUGAGGUGGCAAACCUGAAGAAAACCAUUAAAGUGACAACAGCAGCAGCUGCAGCAGCCACGUCCCAAGACCCGGAACAGCACCUAACAGAGCUCAGGGAGCCAGCCCCUGGCACCAACCAGCGCCAGGCGAGCAAGAAACCUUCCAAAGCCAAAGGGCUCCGGGGCAGUGCGAAGAUUUGGUCUAAAUAGAACUAGUUGGAUCUCCCUUCAAAACUGGGAGGGUGAGAGGAAGAGGUUUGGGGGAUGGAAGGGUAGCCAGGGUCCCAAGUGUGAUGCUUCCAAGUUUUUCUCUGUGAUCCAUCUUGCCAGCUAAUUCUUCUCUGUGUGUGUUCUCUUUCUUACCUCCUUUACCAACUUUCCAGGCAGUGCCUCCCCCCUCCUCAUUACAGCAUUUCACACUCGAAGCUUCUCCCAGUUGUAUGCUCUUUCCCUUACCCCUCAAAUCCACACCACCAUGGCCAUCUGUUUCUCCCUGCCUUUCGACAGGUCAAUUUAAAGAGCUGUCAAACUAUGUUGGUUACAUUUGCACCUGCAGGGCAUCACAGGAGCCUGGAAAGAGUGCGCUGGUGCUUAGCAAUCAUUUUGGCUCUAUGAGACCCUGGGAUACUUUGCUCCAGGAUGCAGCUGCCAUCUUUGAUUGUUUAAUCUGUUUUACUAGGUGGGAGGGGUAGUUUUUGAAGGGAUUCUUUUAAAAAUGUAUAAAUAUAUUAUAAAUAUAUAUUAAACAAUAAAAAUACAGAUCUAUGGACA